GCAGAUCAGCAUAUCACACUCCUCCAUUUCGGUACCACGAGACCUGCAGCCUAUGCACACAACCUCCGGCGAUGUAGACCCUGCACAAAGGCCGAGCGAAGUGCCUGUUUCGGUCAAUUUGGCUUGAAGCUGCAAUGGUCACUCGUUCGCCAGGCAUCUGGCUUGUAGGAUGUUUCCUAGGAAAGCAAGUCGACACUCGAAAGCAGAAUGACGACUGGCAAGGUCAGAAUUUCAGAUUGAGGAAAUGUCCAGAAAUCGGCACGACAAGGACUCACUCCUACAUUAGCUCCCGUACCUCACCGUCCCUUGAAAAAGGAAUUUGGCUUCUUUGUCUAGCGCUGAUCAGCGUUGGUGGCUUCCUAGUUCCUCGGCCUCACUCCGUCGGAGACCCCACAAUGCAAGCGUUAUUGCUUCCUGCAGCAUCAGAUCUCAGGGUGCGAGGGUGAGUUAGUGACUGUCUCGUCGUCAAGUCCACAUGUCACCAAACAAGACCGGAGUCAUGAAAAAUGGUACAGAUCUCAAAUCAAUAACCAUGGCGAUCGAUGAUCAUGGAGAUUGCUCCAUCGGCAUCAAAUCUUGAGGUUGCC